UCAGGAAGCGGGUAGAAGGUAACGCGAGAUAAGGACGGUGUAGCGAAGGCCUUUUUAGGGAAAGAGACCUUCUGUUUUUGCUGAAAACAGUGAACAUAUAUAUAUUUAUAUAUAUUUUCUGUGUUAGUUGUUCGAUUUCUUAUACCAAAUAUGCCCAGAGGCGGUAAAAAAGGUCACAAGGGCCGGGGAAAGCAGUUCAGCAACCCAGAAGAGAUUGACAGACAAAUGAAAGCACAGAGAGAGUUGGAGGCGAAUGGCGGAAUAGAGAAGGAGGAGGAGAAGUCAUCAGGCUCUGACGACAGCAGUAGUGACGAGGAGGAUGUUAACAAAAAGAAGAGUGGGGUGGAAGGCUUAAUCGAGAUUGAGAAUCCCAACCGCAUAUCCCAGAAGAGUAAGAAGGUGACGGAACUAGAUGUCAAUGCACCCAAAGAGCUGUCACGCAGAGAGAGAGAGGAGAUUGAGAAGCAGAAAGCGAAGGAGCGUUAUAUGAAGCUUCACCUGGAAGGGAAAACUGACCAAGCCCGAGCUGACCUCGCCAGGCUGGCCAUUAUCAAGAAGCAGAGAGAGGACGCACAAAAGAAGAGGGAUGAGCUUAGAAAAGAAAAAGAGGCGGAAGAAUCCAAGUCCAAGCGUUAGUCCGGUCUUCUGAGGAUUGGACCUGGAAAACGUUCUGGGGAGGAGAGGGAGACAGAGAAGACUGUGAGGGAGGGGAGGGACCAAUACGAGGGUUGCCAGCUCAGGGGUACCGUGUGCUUGGGCUUUGGCCUUUCAUUUCUGAUGAAGGGUGUGAGCCGGGCAUUUUGGAGGAGACAGGAAAGGGGUGAGAAGGUGGAAAUGUGCACUUUGGUUUUGCCUGUUUAGUUCCUCUGAAUUCCUCUGAGGUCACAACAGCAGGUAUAUUCUGGUGUCUUCCCUCCUCACUCCUCCCCUGUGUUCUAAUUCUAAAGCUGCUGGAGAUAGUUCUUUGAAUAUUCUUUUUUUUUUUUUUACAUUUUAACACAGUUUACUUAUGAAUGGGAGUUGUUAGGGGAGGAUGAGGAUGGGUUUAUAUACUUUCUUAUGACCUGUUUUAAGAAGGUGAAUCAGGAAAAGGUGUUUUUUCAUGGAGAAA